AUGAGUGAUUCAUGUGGCAUCUCCCCAGGUAGAGAGUUUUCCAGCAAAAAUGUCAACGAAAACCCGCCUACCGCUGAAGCCCUGAAGGCUGCUGACGCAAUCGAACUCUAUGAUGGGGAGGGCAAGAAACACACAUUCAAAAGCAUUUACAACAGACCAGACCUGCCUCGAAGGGUUCUUGUUGUUUUCGUUCGCCACUUCUUCUGCUGCAAUGCCACACCUGAAAAGCUGAAGAAGCUUGACACAGCUAUUGUGAUCGUGGGGCAUGGCGAUGUCAAGCAAGUUGACAUGUACCGUCUCGAUACGGGUUGGCAGUACCCUAUCUACACAGACCCUUCCGAGAAGCUGUAUAGUACAUUGGGAAUGAUUAAGACGUGGAAAGAAGGGCCGCCGAAUAACUAUAUGCCCUGGACAACCACCUGGGCCGUAUAUUGGUCCAUGAAGACUGGAAUUUGGAGGUUCAUGCAGGGAUAUCCUCUAUUCUCGUCUGGAGCACCCAACUUGCAGGGUGGGGAGUUUUUAUUCGAGGGAGAGGGAGACGAUAAGAAAGUGACGUGGUGCCAUCGAAUGAGGCAUUCAAGAGAUCAUGCAGAUACUGGUGAGAUUACCGAGGUGUUGGGACUGGACAAGGUCUGA